AUGUUCAAGAGCGGCAUUUCUCGUACCUUUGCGAGAGCAGCUGCUCGCCCAUCCUUCGUCGCCGCGGCUCCCCGUCGCGCCAUCCGACCGGCGGCCCUCAGAUUCCCUCUCGGCAGCCGAUUUGCCAGCACUGCAGGUGUCGGUGAUGGCAAGAUCUACCAGGUUAUUGGUGCCGUCGUUGACGUAAAAUUCGAUGGCGCCAAGCUUCCUCCCAUUCUCAACGCUCUCGAGACCCAGAACAACGGCCAGAAGCUCGUCCUCGAGGUCGCCCAACAUCUCGGUGAGAAUGUCGUCCGCUGCAUUGCUAUGGACGGUACCGAGGGUCUCGUCCGAGGCGCCAAGGCUGCUGAUACCGGUGCUCCCAUCACCAUUCCCGUUGGCCCUGCCACUCUUGGUCGUAUCAUGAACGUCACUGGUGACCCGAUCGACGAGCGUGGCCCCAUCAAGACCGACAAGAGACUACCUAUUCACGCCGAGGCUCCCGAGUUCAUCGACCAGUCCACCACUGCUGAGAUUCUGGUUACUGGUAUCAAGGUCGUCGAUCUCCUGGCUCCCUACGCCCGUGGUGGAAAGAUUGGUCUGUUCGGUGGUGCUGGUGUCGGCAAGACUGUCUUCAUUCAGGAGCUGAUCAACAACAUCGCUAAGGCUCACGGUGGUUACUCCGUGUUCACUGGUGUCGGUGAGCGUACCCGUGAGGGUAACGAUCUGUACCACGAAAUGCAGGAGACCUCCGUCAUUCAGCUUGAUGGCGAAUCUAAGGUCGCCCUGGUGUUCGGUCAGAUGAACGAGCCCCCCGGAGCCCGUGCCCGUGUCGCUCUUACUGGUCUGACCGUCGCCGAGUACUUCCGUGACGAGGAGGGUCAAGACGUGCUUCUCUUCAUUGACAACAUCUUCCGGUUCACUCAAGCUGGUUCUGAGGUGUCUGCCCUGCUGGGUCGUAUCCCCUCUGCCGUCGGUUACCAACCCACUCUCGCCGUCGACAUGGGUGGUAUGCAAGAGCGUAUCACCACCACCAAGAAGGGUUCCAUUACUUCCGUCCAGGCCGUCUACGUCCCUGCUGACGAUUUGACUGAUCCUGCCCCGGCCACCACCUUCGCCCAUUUGGACGCCACCACUGUGCUGUCCCGUGGUAUUUCUGAGUUGGGUAUCUACCCCGCUGUCGACCCUCUCGACUCCAAGUCUCGUAUGUUGGACCCCCGUAUUGUCGGACAGGAGCACUACGACAUUGCCAGCCGCGUACAACAGAUUCUUCAGGAGUACAAGUCUCUCCAGGAUAUCAUUGCCAUUCUGGGUAUGGACGAACUUUCAGAAGCUGAUAAGCUUACCGUCGAGCGUGCCCGUAAGAUCCAGCGUUUCCUGAGCCAGCCUUUCACUGUCGCCCAGGUUUUCACUGGUAUCGAGGGCAAGCUGGUUGACCUGAAGGACACCAUCAACUCCUUCAAGGCCAUCCUCAACGGUGAGGGUGAUGAUCUUCCCGAGGGUGCGUUCUACAUGGUUGGCGACUUCGCAUCGGCACGUGAGAAGGGUGAGAAGAUUCUGGCUGAGCUUGAGAAGAGCACUUAA